UGCCGUGCACCGCGGGGGCCGGGUGGGCGCGGACCAUGGCGGCCCUGCGGCCCGGAAGGAGGGCCCUGUCCCCUCCCCUCUGCCGCGCGCUUGCUGGCCGCGGCCGUCGGCUCGCCCCGGAGCGCGGUGCCGAGCGCAGGGAUGCGGCGCCGAACCGGGUCUCAAGAUUCUGCCCUCCGAGGAAAUCUUGCCACGAUUGGAUAGGACCCCCAGAUAAGUAUUCAAAUCUUCGACCUGUUCACUUUUACAUCCCUGAAAAUGAAUCACCAUUAGAACAAAAGCUUAGAGAAUUAAGACAAGAAACACAAGAAUGGAAUCAACAGUUCUGGGCAAACCAGAAUCUGACCUUUAGGAAGGAAAAAGAAGAAUUUAUUCACUCAAGACUAAAAGCUAAAGGCCUAGCACUGAGAGCUGAAUCAGGUCAGAAAGCAACACUGAAUGCAGAAGAAAUGGCUGACUUCUAUAAGGAAUUUUUAAGUAAAAAUUUUCAGAAGCACAUGUAUUAUAACAGCAAUCCUGAAGGAGUUUGAGGGUGACUUUUCACAGUAACCAGCAUGAAACAAGUGGAUCGUCUGGAAGGAAAAGCAUUUCUCAGGUGCAUGAACUCCAGUGCACAUGCGCGCAUCAUCACACACUGUUAAAGAUAAGGAAGACACAUUAGCUAUCUAUGUAGGCAUAGGGAGAAGAUGCAGUGUGUUUUGUAACCUGUGGGGCUGUUGAAUGAACACCCAGGGUGUGCUCUUGAUAAAGGACCUUUUCAAACACAGGGAUAUCCUGAAUUACACUCAAAGAUGUUGAAGUCAUUCUGUCCCAGAGUUGGUGGCCCGGCAUCAAAGACUGCAGGAUCACAGAGCAAGGGGGUUCUGCCCUGCAGCUGGGGCUUGGUGAGCCAGUGCAAGUGUUUGCAUUGCUCAAGAACCUUUGCUAACUGUAGCUACUUGCAUCACAUGUCAUAACUGACCUCCUUAAAAUCCUCAGGGCUCCCAGGGUCAGGCUUUUUGAGGUUUCAAGGAAGAGAAACUUACUCCAGGUAGCACUGGUCGAGAGUGGGGCAGGUAGCUGUUAGAGCCAGAGUCCUCUGGAAAGAGACUGCGCAGGUCCCUGUGGCUGGGAAAGCCCAAAAGCCCGGUACCUCAAUGCCCCAGGUCUCAGUCAGGGGCCAUGAAUCUCUGUCCACCUGCAGUGAGCUGCUGCCUUCCCACGGGUGGGCCGGGCCUCGGUCAGUCCUCGUCUGGGGCAGGGCAGGCAGAGAGUUAAGGGUGCCAUGCAGACUUGAGGUCUUCACCCUCCUGGACGUGCAGCCGCUUCAGCAUUAGGGUGCCAUCUCUGAAGCCAACCUACAGUCGAGCUGAAAGCAAACACGCACUUUACACUCAGGAAAGCCUCAGUGGUUCUUUGUAAAGUAAAAGUUGUAAAAAUAAAGGUGUCUUGAAAGCUCUCAGAAGGGGCAGUGACACACAGUGGCAAUGUCCUGGGCUAGGGGAUGAAGAAGGAGUUUUGGGUGUGUUGAGGUCCUCAGUAAGAUGAGGAUAAACAGAGCCCCAGCCCGGAGCCCCCAGCCCCCAUGCACACGGCUCCGCUGUUUAGGAAUCAGUAGAAAAACACCCGGAUCCACAUGUCCGUGCAGUCCCUUGUGGUAUCCUCAAGAUGUUUCUACCCGACACAAAUUAUGCAAUAGGUAUUAUGGACAGUCAGAGUAUUUUUAGUAACUGAAGACCUAAAUGUCGUUGUAAUCUCCGUAACCUAUAUGUUGUCCUUUAAUAAUUUUAUUUAAUGCCAAAAUGUUUAAUUUGAUUCUUGGUGUUAACUGUGUGGCUAGCUUCUUAAAUGUUCUAAGCAAAUAACAUGAAACAACAGCACUAUUUUUCUCUUUUUUGGGGUUCUUAAACAUUUAAGAUUAAAUGAUUGUGGUAAAAGUUUAGGUCACAAAUAAA